GGGGGCCGCCUGCUUGGCACUGUGCAUCUGUGAGAAGCCGCUGCUCACUUUCCCCCCUUGCAAGUCUUUGUUCCAAGCCAGACAUUGCUCGGAUUCUCUAAUUAACUCCCUCCACUCCAAAGGGGUCCGGAGGCUGUGAUGCUCUGAGAGCUUAGAGGAUGCUGACUCUAGAGUGGGAGUCGGAAGGACUGCAAACAGUGGGUAUUGUUGUGAUUAUAUGUGCAUCUCUGAAGCUGCUCCAUUUGCUGGGACUGAUUGAUUUUUCAGAAGACAGUGUGGAAGAUGAACUGGAGAUGGCUACAGUCAGGCAUCGGCCUGAAGCCCUGGAGCUGUUGGAAGCCCAGAGCAAAUUCACCAAGAAAGAGCUUCAGAUUCUUUACAGAGGAUUUAAGAACGAAUGCCCCAGUGGGGUUGUUAAUGAAGAAACUUUCAAGGAGAUUUACUCGCAGUUCUUUCCACAGGGAGACUCCACAACAUAUGCACAUUUUCUGUUCAAUGCAUUCGAUACGGACCACAAUGGAGCUGUGAGUUUUGAGGAUUUCAUCAAAGGUCUUUCCAUUUUGCUUCGAGGGACAGUACAAGAAAAACUCAACUGGGCAUUCAAUUUGUAUGACAUAAACAAAGAUGGCUACAUCACUAAAGAAGAAAUGCUGGACAUAAUGAAAGCAAUAUAUGACAUGAUGGGGAAAUGCACAUACCCUGUCCUCAAGGAAGAUGCUCCCCGACAGCAUGUGGAGACAUUUUUCCAGAAGAUGGACAAAAAUAAGGAUGGUGUUGUUACCAUAGAUGAGUUCAUUGAAAGUUGCCAAAAAGAUGAAAACAUAAUGCGCUCCAUGCAGCUCUUUGAGAACGUGAUCUAACAUGUCAGCGCAUCCUCGCUGAAGAGGGAAUGUGAACCUCUCUACACACUUACAAGUUGGAGCCACCCCUUCUAGCAUAGAUUGCUCAGCUUUACACUGAGGCAUAUUAUGCAAACAGCUUUGAUUUAAUAUAAAAUAACCCCUCCUAAAAAGAUUUAAGUUUUCCAGUUCCAAGUCUGCAUCUUCUCCACAACAUCAAUGGGGUCAUGAAAUGUGUUCACUCGUUUCAGACUCUGAGAAUAUUCAAAAGGCACAGAAUCUGGAAUAGUUUUGAUCCUUAGUCACGUAUUACUGAGGCUUUCACAGUUCAGUGAUUUUAAAACACAAGUGGGUCUUCCUACUCCUUUGUAUAUGUUCAGUCCUGGAUUUUAAAUGGUUUUCUAAGAUAUUUACAUCUGCAAUUACUUUCUAGAAAGUCAAUGAACUUUCAUUUAAUUAGAAUCACCUGCCACUGAAAAAUGAAUAAAGAUUAUUGAAAUUUAAAAAAGACCAAAAACACAGUCCCAAUUUCUAUGGCUUCUCCACCUGCUGUUAAAGUCAUUAAUGUAUUUGGCAUUUUUUAAAGAACAUCUAAAAAAUUAGUUUAUUAUCAGAUGUUAGCAUAUACCUAAGAAAAUUAUUUUAGUAUUUGUUAAUUUUCCAUAUUAAAGCCAAGGCUCUACAUAAUCCACGUACCUUUGGACCUGUUUGAUCUUACAUGUAAACUGUUUUGUAUUGUGUCAUGAAAUAGAAAUUCAAAGUGUCAUACAAACCAAGGAUGUUUACAGACUUGCAAAGGGUCCGGAUGUCUGUCCUCCAAAACCUAGUGAUACUUAUUAGCAAGCAACCCUAACAGCAGUAAAGAGCAAUUCUAGCCACCCCCAAAUUCCCUAAUGUUCUCACAGCAUGUUUAUUAUAAGCCAUUCAGGGACAGAGAAUCCUUGACUGCCCCAAAGGCACCAAGAAUGAAUAUCAAGCAAAAUAUUCUUUGAAAACACCAGUGAUUCUAUCAUAUUGGAAAUUACACAUAAGACUGUAUAGAAAAUGAUUACAAACAUUAAACAGUUCAUCUGAAUUGCAUUAUGAUUUAGCUCAUCAUAGAACUUAAAGGAUUCAGAUUCAUUUCCGUGAUCUUAAGCCAAAACUGUAGAGUUGCCACAGCAGUACUAUAGAUACACACACCUUUCCUUGUGUAGAAAUAUCACAAGUACCAAGAGGAUACAGGAGGAGAAAAUUUGCGACUGUCUGCAACAAUAAAUCAGGUAUCUAUUCUGGUGUAGAGAUAGGAUGUUGAAAGCUGCCCUGCCAUCACCAGUGUAGGAAUUAAGAGUAGUACAGUACAUGUACACUGAAAUCUGCCAUCGCGUGUUUGUGUAAACUCAAUGUGCACAUUUUGUAUCUCAAAAGGGAAAAUAAAAGCAAAAUAAAGUGUUUAUUACUCUA